GGCGUGCGGGAGUCGUGCCCGAACCCUGCAUCCUCCACCGCCCGGAGCACCCCCGGGGCAGGGCCGCGAGCGCGGCUGUCCCGCCCGGUGGCUCCCGGGGGCUGGCGCAGCCCGGAGCUGCUCGCCGCCGCCUUGUGCUGCUACAGCCGCGCGCUGCUGCCCCCUGCCGCCUGGGGAUCGCAGGUCGCCCCGGUGCUGCGGCUGCGAACCGCUCUCCCUGCAGCCCGCUGGCGGGGCCAGCCCAAUGGCCUCCCCGCGCGGGGCACAGGAGGCCUGGCUCCAAGCCGCAGCUCGGCCAUGAAGGAUGCGAGCGUGGAGCAGCAGCUCCCGGUGGCUCUUCGGAUUCGUCCAAUCAAUGAAGCUGAGCUGGAGGAAAAUGCUGCUAUCAGAGCCCACAGAGUGGGUGACCAGAUGGUGGUUCUGAUGGACCCAAGUGAAGAUCCAGAUGACAUCUUAUGAACCAAUCGAUCCCGAGAGAAGACAUUUAUAUUUGAUAUGGUUUUGGAUCACAAAGCGACCCAGGAGGAGGUGUACGUGUCCACGAAAAACUUGGUAGAAGGAGUCAUUUCUGGAUACAACGCAACCAUUUUUGCAUAUGGCCCAACAGGGGCAGGGAAAACCUACACUGUGCUAGGGACAGACUGUGAUCCUGGGAUCUACAUCCGCACCCUAAAUGACCUCUUUAAAGCCAUUGAGGCAACCAGUGACAACAUGGAUUACACCGUCGUACCUAGAGGUGAGAUUUAUAACAAAGUGAUCCGUGACCUCCUGAAUCCAUCCUCUGGAUUCCUAGACCUCAGAGAGGAUGCUAGGGGUAGCAUCCAGAUAUCAGGAAUUACUGAAGUCUCCACUACAAAUGUGCAGGAGACUCAGAACCGAGGCAAGAGAAUGAAGGAGGGAGCCCGUAUCAACCGCUCGCUGCUAGCUCUGGGGAACUGCAUCAGUACCUUGAGUGAGAAGGGAGGAAGUCGGGUCCAGUAUGUCAGUUUUCGAGACAGCAAACUCACAUGCUUGUUGAAGGUACUAUUUGCAACUGGACUCAUUGGGGGGAACAGCAGGACAGUUAUGAUUGCCCACAUCAGUCCUGCCAGCAUCUACUUUGAAAAAUCUCAAACAACCUUGAUCUAUGCUUAUCGAGCAAAAAACAUCAAGACCAGGGUAAAACGCAACCUGCUGAAUGUCUCCUAUCACAUUGCACAGUACACCAGCAUCAUUUCACAUCUACGCAGGGAGACUGAGGGUCUGAAGGCAAAGAUUGAAAAUCAGGAAAAGAAGAAGAGUGCAAUCGGCUCUGACCUCAGGGAUGUACAAGUGGAGGCACAUCAGAAUUUGGAGGCGUACAGCUGGCAAGAGAUGAACAAAUUACGGGAGCAGCUGAUCGGGGCUUUCAAGGAGCAAAUGGAGAUGUGCCGCAGCCUCAUGGAGCUGGAGAGCACCAACACUGAGCUACACAUUGAUACCUCCAGGCAUUUGCUAACGAUUGCCGACUGGGAACAAGAGAAGACUCAACAUGCUCGGAAGUAUUAUAACAAGCUGGUGAAUGGAAAGGAAGAUGAAAACAUGGAGGAGGCAGACAGAGAAGUAGAGGGGGCAGGUUCCCCGGAACCUCAUGAAGUCACUGUAGCAAGAGAGGAGAUCAACAUGCUGUUGGCAGAGCUGCGAAAAACAGCAACCUUAAAGUCAGAGCUGGAGCAGCGCUUAGCCAAUGCCAAGAAAAAAGCCUCCCAGAUGGAGAAGCUGUUACCCAAACAAAUCACCAGUGAGGACCAGCAAGAGGUGUUGAGGCUUCUCUGCAAGGCUCAUGAGCUGGAAGUGGGGAACACAGAGUUGCAGGUGAAUGCCUUGUACAAGGAGAAUCUGCUAUGCCAGAAGGAUUUUAUCAUCCAGCAGCAGCCCGGGCUGCUCUGCGAGGAGAUCAUUCAGCAGCAGCAAAUGCUGAUCAAAGGCCAUGACAUCCCUGUCCCAGAGACACUGGGGAUGCUGUAUCAACUACACUGCCAUGAGCUAGAAGAGGGGACCCUGACCCGCCUGCUCCUGCUUCACUCUGUGAUGUCCAACACACUGAGGGAUGGCUCUGCUCUGAAUAUAGCUCAGCAGCUGGACCUAAACAAAGAAGAGGCCAGAAAAGGGCUAUAUGGCAACAGGAAGGGUCUUCCUUGUGGAGCAAAGUUUGAGCUUCCGUCCAUUGUCUUGGAGUCAGACAGUGACAGCUACAGAGCAUCCAAAACAACACCUACUAGGAAACUGGGGAAUCCAGAUACCCAUCUCAGCCCUACUUUCUUUUGCUUGCCAAGAACCCCACUGCACCAGGCUAUCAAGAAGAAAAUCCAUUACAGGUGCCGGAGAAGCACCGUUCAGCAGAGCAAUGCAGGUCAGACCAGAGGCCAGAUCCUACAAAAGCGAGUCAAAGGGCCCGUAGAUGGUGCCAGCAACCAGCUGAAGAAGCAACCCAUCACAAGCUUCAGGAACCUGCCAAGAUUAAAAUAAAAUCACCAGUGAGAGCAAGAUUCCGUCUGUUCCCGAGGGACAAGGACUAUAGGGGUGCUAAAAAGCACGGAGGGUUUUUCUUAAGACGCAUUUUAGGCAGUAUGCUCUGAGGCUGGGAAGCAGAAGGGGAGGUGUGCACACUGCUUGGCGCUUUCCCCCACAGCCUCCCUACAGUUUUGUUCUGCACUGUGCUGCAGCUGUUAGUUUCUUUUAAGAUGAACUGCGGGUUCUUUUGUUAAUAACAUGCAAAAGAAAAGGAAACCCCUUUUGUCCAUCAGCAUUCUUAGUCCAGGAGACAGCAGUAUGGAGUCUACCAUCUGGUGCUCUGCACGAGGCACAUCCUCUCUUACCUGUGGAAACCUCCCACACAUGGCGGGGAGGCUAUUAUCAAAAGAAAUGGCAGACUCUUUUGAAAUAUCCCCUGCCCCCUUCUCUGAGGUUUAUACACAUUGCCUUGGAGCUGGAAAAGGUGAAGCCUAUCUGGAAUGCUGCUCAGCUGAGCAGAUGUUUGGCAGUGGGAGCAGCCAGCAGCAUUCUAAGCACUUGGCCACGUGCAGAGCAUUUCAGAUCUGACGGGAGCUUGAAAAAGAGAUUUGGUGGCUGGCAGAGACUUUGUUAUGAGCUGGGUUGGAAGUGAACAAAGGCAAUGUGUUUUUCUUCUUAAAACCAAACCCCUCUUUCCAGCAGUUCUCCCCCUGGUUUCUUGGAGGGAUAUGCAUUUUGUAAAUCAAUACUAGACUUACCAUUUUCCUUUCUUGGCCCUGUUAUUUUCUUCACAUUGCAAAUAAAGUGGCACAGGGCGGCCAUUCCAUUGAAUAAAUGUGGCCUUUAUUCCCCAAAUAUGAAUAGCUUCUCUCCACACCCACUUUGCCACCUGCUGGACAUUCAGCGCAAGCAUGUAAGGAACUGUCAUCUUUAGGGCUUCAUUCAGUUUCAAAGGGGAGUUAAGUUAUGAAGGGUCUUUGUGUGGCUAAAGCACAGGACAAUGGAGUCAGGAUGCUUAGAUGCUGUUAUUGGUUCUGCCACUAAUUUACUAUACAACCUUAGGCACAUCACUUAACCAUUCUGGGCCUCUGUUUCCACAUCGGUCAACUAGGGAUAAUAAUAAUCCACUACUUCACCUUGGAUUGGGAGGCUUGAUUUGAGAUCCUUGAAUGGAAUGCAAUACAAGUGCAAAGUAUGUAAAAUGAAGAAUUAUCCACUGUUUCAGUAUAAUGUAAUAAGGUCUGAUGGACACUCCUCUUAACAGAGAGUUCUCUGUUAAACAGCAGAAAGCCUGAUAAGUCACAUUGUAGACAAGAGGGGCCAGGAGAACUUGCAAAGAAAUAAAAACCACACCUAGAUAAAAUAAGCACAGACCAUGUGAAAAUAAACCCAUUCCAGCAGGCCUUGAGCCAGUCUUGUAUUUACAGGACACCAUGUGAACUAGGUGGGAGCAAGAAACUGAGUGCGAUGGAAUAUCACGAAUAUUCCAAAUGUGUACAUCUUUGCUAAAUACCUUUGGGCUGAUUCACUCUGAAAAGUCACCGUGUUCAGAAGCUAGAUCCUAUUUCCCUCAGACUGCUACUUGAAUCCUGACACUAAGGCACUGGUUUGUGGACAUAACUCAGACUGGAGGUCGCGCAUUUGGAAACAAAUGGAAGCCGACGCUAAUUUUCCAGGAACACCACACAGAUGAAGAUGAAUCGGAGCUAUAUUAUGGAACGCCACCUUUAAAUGUUUUUUAAUCAUUUUCCUACAUUUAAAAUCCGCAAGUUAAAAAAAUAUAAAUGUAGAGAUUUGAGAAAGACCUCAGACACUUGGAGUCAGUAACUCUGUGUUGCUGCUCUGGACUCCAAAAAGUUGGGCCCCAGUCUCUAGAAGCUGAGUGUCUGUAUCAUAGGAGAGAGAGCACUAAUGUUCAGAACUCAGAUGAAGGACAUUGCCUCUGACCUGGAAUGACGGACUCUCCUGUUCUUGCCUUUUACGUGUGAGGAAAGAGACAAGAAUUUAAACUUCUCUGGGCCUUUUGUAUGUUACAUUUUAGGUGUGUUAAAUUAGGGGAGCCCAAACUUUUGUUCACAUGAUUGACAACUUGCUGGAAGCCCAAGGGCUGCACCUAAUUUGCACAAAUGGGAUCGCUUGCAGCUGCCUUCAUCGUCACAAGACGUGCAGCACAGCCGAGAUACCUACCUCGGAGCAGGUCACCUUUAAGUGGUCUAUCUCCUCCAAAGCACAGAACCAAAGCACUAGCCUGCAACAGCAACAGGCCCCACUGCACGACCGGUCUUACUGUCAGUUCACCUCCAGGCACCCACCAUUCCAUGAUCCACACAAAACUAAAUCCUUGCACAAAAUAAACUUGCCUAAAUUAUUUUUUCUCCUUCAAGAGGGUUACAAAAUCAGUAACCACUUCAACAAUGACUUUUAGGUUAAUAUAACUACUAACAAGUUUUCCUACUACCAGUAACUGGUUGGAAUAUAGUUUUACAGUACAGUGGGUUUCCCAUAAAUCUUUUAAGAGAGCUAAGAUUCUUUUUGUAAUUGUUAUACCCAUAUUCGUCUAGCUUUGUCUGCUUGAGAGGAGAAUAUGAGCAAUCCUUGGCUUCCCAUUUCCCACAGAUUAUUUUGAGUACCUGUUGCUAUUGGUACCUGAGCCACACGCAACAGAUCAUAUUAAUGGAAACUGCCUUAUAUAGUCUGAUGCCAACUAUAAUCCCUCAGUCUCUGGCCUGGUUUACAGAGGGGAAGCUGUAUAGCAUUUUUGUAGGCUUGCCAUUGCUGCUUGACUGACAGCCCUUCAAUUCAGAUGCUACAUACAAACUCUCCUGCUGACUUGAGUCCAGUGCAGAGCGGGAAGUUUUGUUUGCUAUUAGGACGCACAUGAAUAUGUGAGAGAG